AUGCACGCCUGUGGUCAUGAUGGACAUACGGCUAUGCUGCGUGGUGCUGCAAAAUAUUUAUCGAAACAUCAUGAUUCAUUCUAUGGAACUGUUCAAUUUAUCUUUCAACCGGCUGAAGAAAACCUCGAAGGCGCCAUAGCCAUGAUGAAUGACAAUUUAUUCGAACGAUUUCCCGUUGAUGCUAUCUAUGGAAUACACAAUGUUCCAGAGCAGUUGGGAACAUUUUCUAUACGACCAGGCCCUCUGAUGGCAGCAUCCGAUCGUUGGUAUGUAACGUUUCGAGGCACUGGAGACCAUGGCGGAGCAGGUGCGCAUCUCGCAACUGAUGUUACAGUAUUACAAGCACAAUUCAUCAUGGCACUACAAACUAUUGUUAGUCGUAAUGUCAAUGCGGUCGACACAGCAGUGAUCACUGUUGGUGCCAUCCAGGGUGGUUCUUUCGUAUCAGCUAAUGUAAUGUCAUCUGAAAUACGUAUUGGAGGUGCUGCACGAAGUUUGACUGCAUCGGUUCGUGAUCUUAUCGAACGACGUAUUAAUGAAUUAGCAGAUAAUCUAGCUAACGCCUUUGGUUGUACGGCUCAUGUAGAAUAUAGUCGAGAAGGAAUCCCCCUUGUUAAUCAUGAUGAACAAACAAAACGAGCGAUUAAAGUUGCUGAAGAGGUCGUCGGAUCAACGAAUGUCAACAAGAACAGAAAAUCUUUGAUGGGUGGUGAAGAUUUUGCUUUCAUGCUUUUGAAACGACCUGGUGCUUUCAUUUUCAUGGGCAUCAAUGAUGAAACAGUAUUCAAUAAGUUGCAUUCACCUGAUUAUAAUUUUAAUGAUGAUGCCAUUCCAUUUGGUGUCGCCUAUUGGAUAAGUCUUGUUCAACAAGAACUCAACAAUUGA